AUGCUGCAGCUUCGCCGCUGCCUUCGCCGGCCCCGGCUGUUCCUUCGUCGCGGAAAGACCCGAUUGCUUCGGAACCGGUUGUGCGCGCGCCACGUGGAAUCGAGGACAUCUCCAACGGCGACCACAUCCUUGGAUUCGGCGCCGACCUCGCUCCGGACCACCCUACACUGCGCCGUCCCUGUACAUGACCCAAACUUUCGUUCGUGGCAGGGCUAUCACGAUGAGGAGUACAAGCGGCGCCGCGCACACAUAGCUGACAUUGCGAAACUGCACCAAGUGGGCACGCCCAUCCCGCGCGUGCAGUACAGCGACGCGGAGACGGCGGUGUGGCGCGCGGUGCUGACGGCGCUGCAGGAGCUCUACCCCACGCACGCCUGCUCCACGUUCCUGCGCGCGCUGCCGCUCUUCGCCUUCUCGCCGCACGCCAUCCCGCAGCUGGAAGACGUGUCCGCCGUGCUGCACGCGCACAGUGGCUGGCGCAUCCGCCCCGUGGCGGGGCUGCUGCACCCGCGCGACUUCCUCAACGGGCUCGCCUUCAAGUACUUCCACUCCACACAGUACAUCCGGCACGCGUCACAGCCCAUGUACACGCCGGAGCCGGACGUGUGCCACGAGCUGCUGGGCCACGUGCCCAUGCUGGCGGACCCCGCCUUCAGCGCGCUGGCGCACGCCAUCGGGCAGGCGUCGCUGGGGGCGUCCGACAAGGACAUCUGGCACCUCACCAAGCUCUACUGGUACACGGUGGAGUUUGGGACGGUGAUGGAGCAUGGCGAGGUGCGUGCGUUCGGGGCGGGGCUGCUGUCCAGCUAUGGCGAGCUGGCAUACAUGCGAGCAGGCGCCAACGGCAAGUACCCGUCGUUCGCCCCGCUGGACCCCCUGGGCCCGCUGCCGCGCAUGAGCUACAAGGACGGCUUCCAGCGCACCUACUUCCUCUGCCAUGGCUUCCAUGACCUCGCCUCCAAGCUGCACUCCUGUGCCGCUCUCAUGGCUGCUCGCAGGGAAGGUCCAGGUCCAGGGGCGCACUGA